GGUUACAAACUCCUUUAAAUAAGAAGACAAAAUCUAAGGUUGUAAAUAGUAAAAUGUCGAAUAAACCAAAAAAAUCGAAUAAACGUAAACGAAAGUCGUAUGAUGAAGAAUAUUCGAAAAACGAUACCCCUCAAUCAGUGAAUACGGAUGUGGAGACAUUAGUUAGUAAUAAUUAUAUUAUCGAAGACGGCGGGAAGAAAUUAGAAUUUUUUGAUUCUCUGGAUGAUGAUCAGACGUCGGAAUAUCGCACCAUGACCGACACAGGUAUGUAUUUUGGCCAAUAUUGUAAUCAAACGUUUAACAAUGACAACGAUGUACACAGUCAAGAAAAUGUUAUUACUGGACAAACUCCUCUCCAGUGCGACGUUUGCUUUAAAACGUUUACCUACUUAUCUAAUUUGGCUGUACAUAAAAGAACGCACACUGGGGAGAAACCAUAUGCGUGCAAUGUUUGUGGACAAUCAUUUUCGCAUAAAUCAACUUUAGUUACACAUAAUAGAACACACACCGGGGAGAAACCAUAUGCUUGCGAAGUUUGUGGCAAGUCGUUUUCGAGGCAAUAUAAUUUGAUUACACAUAAUAGAACACACACCGGGGAGAAACCAUAUGCUUGCAACAUUUGUGGCCGAUUAUUUUCACAGCAAGCAAAUUUGGUUACACAUAAUAGAAUACACACCGGCGAGAAACCAUAUCCGUGCAAUGUUUGUGGACAAUCAUUUUCGCUUAAGUCAACUUUGGUUAAGCAUAAUAGAACACACACCGGGGAGAAACCAUAUCCGUGCAAUGUUUGUGGACAAUCAUUUUCGCAAAAGUCAACUUUGGUUACACAUAAUAGAACGCACACCGGCGAAAGACCAUUCGAGUGCGGUCAGUGUGAAAAAAAGUUUUCAUCAAGCAGUCACUGUAAAAGACAUACACUAAGAGUUCAUACCAAAUGUUUGUAAGUUUGUUACUAUUAAUGUCGUACAUCCCAAUACUCAAAGAAAAUAAACUAUAAUCAUUAAUUAAUUAUAUAUGAAAACGUCCCAUCAUCACGGUAAGGGUCAAGAACUCAGAAAACGCUAUCACUUCUUCCCGUUGUAAAUAAAACCUUGAAUACAGCAGUGCAGUAGCUUCAGUGCUCACUGUCUAGCUUCAUACUGUAAUCAAUCGUACUCAAAAUUGCUUGCACCGGAAAAUCUCCGUAUCUUCGCCUGUGAGGGCGAUGCUUUUACUAACACGUGUACAUCAGUUAGUAUGUAAAUUAUCUGAACAACUAAGAAUAUCGCAUGUUUGUAAGAACCAUCACGUGUGUGACGUUUAUGAUAUUCGAUUUUUAGUAAAUCCUACCAUUCAAAACCACUAUAGAAACUCACACAGGAGAAAGUAAUGUCACAAUAUUUCAAAAAGAUACUCUGAUGUUAUUAAUUUAUUACAAACUAUAUUAAAAUCAUCAACGACCAAAAUGUGUUAAACUUUGAAUACAGCUGUGUAGUAUAGGUGCAGUGCUCACUGUUUGGCAUCAUACUGUCAUCAAUUGUACCCGAAAAUACUUACUCUGGAAAAUCUUCAUACUCGUGAGGGCGACGCUUGUACCAAUACGUACAUCAAAUUAUGUAAAUUCCCUGAACACCGAAGAAGAUUGCACAUUUGUUUAAAAUAUCACGCUUGUGACCUUGUGGUAUUUGCUUUUUCGUAGAAACUUCUGUUGAAAAACGUCUAUAGAAACGCACACCGGAAAGUCUUAUGUUGUUACAAAAUUUCAAAACGCAUACCAAAAAGCUAUAUGGAUGUUUUUGACUUGUUACAAACAUUAUUACCAAAAUGUUGUGUGUACUUUAUAUUAAUGUAUGUAUUGCUUCUCCCUCCACUGUUUAAUAUUAAUGAAACUAUUUCUACUCCAAAAUGCUUUUGUAAUCGGAUAGGUAACUAUCUUACUAUUAGCCAACUAUUAGCUAGUCGCCUAAAAUUAUAUUAUGUACAUAUUAUUAGUUAUGAGUUAUAACCUUAGAUUGUAGUCCUAUUUGAUUGUAUAAUA